GGGAGGGGCGGGGCGGAGGCCGAGCGCAGUUAGUCUAGGGCGACAGUCGCGAGCGCGUGGAGCUAACCUGUGCUGUGUCGCGCGCGGGUAGCCAGCAGUAGCUGGGCCUGGAACCAGCGAGUAAAGGAGCCAUGAAGCACUAUGAGGUGGAGAUUCUGGAUGCAAAGACAAGGGAGAAGCUGUGCUUUCUGGACAAGGUGGAGCCCCAGGCCACCAUUGCAGAGAUCAAGAACCUCUUCACCAAGACCCACCCGCAGUGGUACCCGGCCCGCCAGUCCCUGCGUCUGGAUCCAAAGGGCAAGUCCCUGAAGGAUGAGGAUGUCCUGCAGAAGCUGCCUGUGGGCACUACGGCCACACUGUACUUCCGGGACCUGGGUGCGCAGAUCAGUUGGGUGACGGUCUUCCUGACGGAAUACGCUGGACCCCUGUUCAUCUACCUGCUCUUCUACUUCCGGGUCCCCUUCAUCUACGGGCACAAAUACGACUUCACGUCCAGCCGGCACUCGGUGGUGCACCUCGCCUGCAUCUGCCACUCAUUCCACUACGUCAAGCGGCUGCUGGAGACUCUCUUCGUGCACCGCUUCUCUCAUGGCACCAUGCCCUUGCGCAACAUCUUCAAGAACUGCACUUACUACUGGGGCUUUGCUGCAUGGAUGGCCUAUUACAUCAACCACCCUCUCUAUACGCCCCCCACCUAUGGAGCUCAGCAGGUUAAGCUGGCGCUGGCCAUCUUUGUGAUCUGUCAGCUGGGCAAUUUCUCCAUCCACAUGGCCCUGCGGGACCUGCGGCCGGCCGGGUCGAAGACCAGGAAGAUCCCAUACCCCACCAAGAACCCCUUCACGUGGCUCUUCCUGCUGGUAUCCUGCCCCAACUACACCUACGAGGUGGGGUCCUGGAUCGGCUUUGCCAUCAUGACACAGUGCCUGCCAGUGGCCCUCUUCUCGCUGGUGGGCUUCACACAGAUGACCAUCUGGGCCAAGGGCAAGCACCGCAGCUACCUGAAGGAGUUCCGCGACUACCCGCCCCUGCGUAUGCCCAUUGUCCCUUUCUUGCUCUGAGGCCCGUGUGCCCCGGGGUGGCGCUGCUGCCUCUGCCUGGAAUAAACUCCGCCCACCUGGA